UAGACGUGUAGCAUGAGCAUUACGCAAUCAUCAUGGCGAGCAAGAGCACUGUCGCUAACACGAGGAUGGAAACUACUCAUGAGGGAGCAGAGAACUCACAGCAAUCUGAAGAAUUUCGUUCAGUAAAACCCAAAUCCAGUCGAAAGAGAAAGUUGACAGAGGAAAAAAUGGUCACAGAAACACAAGAAAAGACAGAGAAAAGGCCGCAUUUUCCUCCAUUAAAAGGAGCACGAUUACUCGAUGGCAACACUGAUAUGAGGAAGAUUCCUGUUCCUGCCAAUAGAUAUACACCACUAAAAGAGAAUUGGAUGAAGAUAUUUACACCUAUUGUUGAGCAUCUCAAAUUACAGAUCAGAUUUAAUCUCAAAACAAGACAUGUAGAACUAAGGUCUUCAGAGCAAACUCAAGAAAUAAGUUCCCUUCAGAAAGGACAUGACUUUGUUAGAGCCUUUCUCUGUGGCUUUGAAGUAGAGGAUGCUUUGGCAUUGCUGAGACUUGAUGAUUUAUUCUUAGAAUCUUUUGAAGUGACCGAUGUAAAGCCACUGAAAGGAGAUCAUUUAUCUAGAGCUAUUGGAAGGAUAGCAGGGAAGGGUGGAAAGACAAAGUUCACCAUUGAGAAUGUUACAAAGACUAGAAUUGUUCUAGCUGACACAAAAAUACACAUCUUAGGCUCCUUCCAGAAUAUAAAGAUUGCAAGGACAGCUAUAUGUAAUCUUAUUCUUGGUAGCCCACCUUCUAAAGUAUAUGGAAAUAUGCGUGCUGUGGCAAGUAGAUCAGCAGAAAGAUUUUGAUGCAUCAUCAUUAAAGAGACGUAUAAACUGGAAUUUUAAGUCAUUAUAUAGAGGACAUUUAUUUUGACAAAAUGCAUGGAUGAAGCUAUAUUGGUUCACCCCUGAGUUAUGGACUAGAAGGUUGUUGUUGUUUGUAAGCAGCUUUGUCUCCAGUGAUGCAGUAUGUUUGCUGGCUGUCUAUUACAAGUCACUGGUAGAUAACAACAGAUCCAACAACCUUAUUCUUCAACCAGUCAUGUUCAUCGCUUAUCACACAAUCUAAGCUGUUAGCAGAAUUCUGUUUCUUUCUCCUGGGAAAUACAAUUUUUGAUGUGCCACAACCUUUCUACUCCUGAGUUUCAAGCCAUUUGGAAUGGUAUUACACAUUAAAUAUCAUAUUUAGACUUAUACUUUAUUUAAGUAUCCAUAUAUCCCAAUUUUCUUGCGCAGGUUUUGUUUUGGCCCCUCCGGGAUAAUGGUACAGCAUUCUAUUUUAUGAAAACGGGCUUACUGGCUUUUCAAGUCAUGAAAUCACUCCGUUUUUGUCUCGCCUGCAUAGCAGAGCGAGACUAUAGGCGCCGCUAUUCCGACGGCGGCGUCAACAUCAAAUCUUAACCUAAGGUUAAGUUUAUGAAAUGACAUCAUAACUUAGAAAGUAUAUAGACCUAGUUCAUGAAACUAGGACAUAAGGUUAAUCAAGUAUUACUGAACAUCCUGCCUGAGUUUCAGGUCACAUGACUAAGGUCAAAGGUCAUUUAGGGUCAAUGAACUUAGACCAUGUUGGGAGAAUUAUUUUCAAAAUCUUAACCGAAGGUUAAGUUUUUGAAAUGACAUCAUAACUUAAAAAGUAUAUGGACCUAGUUCAUGAAACUUGGGCAUAAGGUUAAUCAAGUAUUAGUGAACAUCCUGCACCAGUUUCAGGACACAUGACCAAGGUCAAAGGUCAUUUAGGGUCAAUGAACUUUGGUCAAGUUGGGGGUAUUUUUUUAAUUACUAUCAUAACUUUGAAAAUUUAUGGAUCUAGUUCAUGAAACUUGGACAUAAGAUUAAUCAAGUAUUAGUGAACAUCCUUCCUGAGUUUCAGGUCACAUGACCAAGGUCAAAGGUCAUUUAGGGUCAAUGAACUUUGGCCAAGUUGGGCGUAUUUGUUGAAUUACCUUCAUAACUUUGAAAAUUUAUGGAUCUAGUUCAUGAAACGUGGACAUUAGGUUAAUCAAGUACCACUGAAUAUUCUGUGCGAGUUUCAGGUCACAUGACCAUGGUCAAUGGUCAUUUAAGGUCAAUGAACUUUGGCCGUGUUGGGGGUCUUUGUUAAAUUACCAUCCUAACUCUGAAGUUUAUGGAUCUAUUUCAUAAAACUUGGGAUAUAAGAGUAAUCAAGUAUCACUGAACAUCCCCUGUGAGUUUCAGGUCACAAAACCACGGUCAAAGGUCAGUUAAGGUCAAUAAACGUAGGCCAUGUUGGGGUAAUUGUUGAAUUGCCAUCAUAACUUUGAAAGUUUAUGGAUAGAGUGAAUGAAAUGUGGACAUGGGUGUAGUUGACAAGUCUUAAGUCACCGUUCAAAUGUCAUCUAUGGUCAAUGAACGUUGUAUUAUGUCAUUAUAUGAAUGGUGUUUUUGUGAAUGAUUAUUUUAUAGUAGUUUUCAAAGUUAGCACUGCUGCUAUAUUAAAUCGCGUAAUGCAGGCGAGACUGCCAGAGGCGUUCCACUUGUUGUUAUAAACAUGUAUGUAGGAUGAAAUCACAUUUCAAUAUUUUUCUUAAAGUUUGGGUCUUGGAUUGAAACAUAUUCUAUGAUUCUUGCACAAGUCAUCCAAGUUGUCUUGAAGUGGGAAAUUGUGUAUUAAUUUUUUAAUGUGAAUAUCUUGCUGUACAACAGAUUUUGGUAGGUCCAAAUUUGUGAAUUGAUAGUACCGUUGAUACAACGUAACCCAGCUAGAAAAUCAGAUGUAUGAUCAAGCACAAAACAAUGUGUUCGGGGGAAGUGGGAUACAUGUAAACUGAAAUUUAUAGAUUUUUUUUCUUUUUAGCAAAUGUAUAGAAGUCACAUAAUCAUAUAUAAAUGUAUGAUAUAUAGUUUGAUCAUACCAAUCAAAUAUUAUUUUAGCAUCACAGGGUUUUUUUUAUUUUGAAAAAAUUCAGUCAAUAUUUGAAAACAAGUCUUUUCAUUGGCAGUUCAUGUAACAGGCAUUUCAGUUUCCAUGGUAGAUUUUAUUUCUCCAAAUAUUUGUUGGUCCAAAAUAUUGUAAACAUACAAUAUGAAUAUAAUGGUAAAAAUGCCAGUUUGCAAUAUCUAUGGGAUGCAUUUUUCAAUUGCAAAAAUGCAUUCAUUAUUAAUUCUUUGAAAGAAAUCCCUGUAAAAAUGCACUAGUGUAUAGUGCAAGUGCAUUUGGAUGUUAUGAAAUUGAUGCACUCCUGCUCCUUUGCCCACCCUCUUGGUGAAAGAAUUUUCAUUGGUUGAAUGAGUUGAGAGUGCUAUUAAACAGCAUUUCUUAUUAGACAUAGGCGUGUCUUACAGAGAUAAAAUGAAGAAAAAGUGGUUCUUAGAAUACCAAUUCAGAAAGAUUUUAAAGGUAUUUAGCCCACUUAUUAUAACAUAGAAUUUUUUUUUUUGUGCGAGAUAUAAUAAAUCUUAGAAUAUCAAUCCUGGCCACUGGCCUUACAGCCAUGUCCUGGUUGAGCCAUUAUGACAUAUUUUGUGUUGAUUAAUAUUAGGAAGAUAAUCAUUUAAUAAACUGCAUUCAUUAGAUGUAACAAUGAAAUAUAUCUUUUGUUUUGAAAAUGCCAAUUGCAAUACCAUGGUGCACAAUUGUUAUAUGUUUUGCAUCUAUAUUGGACUAACAUGUUAACUCAGUUUGUAUUGCAUCUGUCUCAUAACCGGGAGGUUGGGAGUUCAAACCCCGGCCGCGUCAGACCAAAAGACGUUAAAGUCCACCCAAAUAAAAAGUUGACUUGAAUAAAAAGAGAAAAAUCCAACGGGCAUGACACUGAAAAUUUCAUCAAAAUCGGAUGUAAAAUAAGAAAGUUGUGACAUUUUUUAAUUUUCGCUUAAUUUCACAUAAUAGUUAUAUGCACAUCCUGGUCAGUAUGCAAAUGAGGGAACUGAUGACAUCAAUCACUCACUUUUUCUAUGUAUUUCAUUAUUUGAAAUAGGAAAUAUUUGAAUUUUCUCCUCAUUGUCCUGUGAAACAAAGUUUUAUUCCUCACUGAACAUGUGGAGUUACCAUUGCUUAACAUUAUAUGGUUCAGUCAAGUUGGUCCUUAUUGUCAAAUCUGUAAAAAUUGAAAUAUUGUAUAAUUCAAACAAUAAAAACAAAAGAAAUAGUGAGUGAGGAACAUUUAUUCUCUCAUAUGCAUGUGGGUAAAUUGUGCAUAUAACUAUUUUGUGAAAAAUAAGCGAAAUUUCAAAAUGUCAUAACUUUCUUAUUUUACAUCCGAUUUUGAUGAAAUUUUCAGCAUUAAAUUAUGCUUGUCUGAUUUGUCUCUGUUGGUUAAAAACAACUUUUUUUCUGAGGUGGACUUGACCUUUAAAAGAUGGGAGUUACUGCUCCCCUGUUUGGUGUUCAACAAUCCAAGGGAUAGAGCUACAUCAAUCAAUUGGGCAAAAUUGAUUUUUCAGAGUAUUUCUAUUUCAUAUUUCAUUUUGAACAAUAAAAUAUGGAUUUUCACUUCAAUGUAUUUCAUGUGACAUGAUUGGAUGCCAUGACCCUUUCUCUAAAAAUCUAAUCUUAUUUUAACAUUAUUGAUGAAAAAUAAUUCCUGAUAAAAACAGGCAAUUGUCAUACAAGCAAAAUGUUUGCGUCUAAACGUAUAUUUUGCCUCCGACGAAGAUUCUGCUAGGAUCGAAAGCUUAGGCCCCUUUUUGACUUUCUAAAUGUAUAAUUGACAAUUUUCCUCACAAUCUUCAUAUUUCCAGAAUAAAUUAUGCAGGUCUAUAUAAUUUAUCAAAGAAGCCCUGCCACAGCGGAUCUCUCUUACCCCUAAUAUCAAUAAUGAUUCAUUGUACUUCUAAACAAUUUAUUUUGCCAUUAAAUGCGUACAUACAUGUAUAUUGUAA